AUGUGGAAGAUCAAGCCUGACACAUACCGAAACGGCGCGCAUAUCGCCACUGUUCUUCAUUUAGAUACCUUUCUUCGGGGUGGGCACCUUCAGCCUGUAUUUGGGAGGGAUUUUUUACCCUUUGACUUCCAUUUUUCGUACUCACUGGAUGCAUUUGAGGCAUACUAUGUUAGCAAGUAUGCAGACCAUCAUUCACAUGAAAUUUGCUUUUAA